CUUCUCCGGUUUACGGUGAACCUACAACUGUGGCACGUCUGCUUUCAGGACACGGGAACGAGCACGAAGGCGUCUCUACAGUUCCACAAGUGAAUCUAUAAUCUUUAACAUCACUCGCGUCGCGUGUGAAGUUUAGGGAACGCGCACAGAUGGCAGGAGCACAGCCCGGAGUUCACGCGCUCAAGCUCAAACCUGCUUCUGUGCCCGAGAGGCUGAAAACGGGCAACAAAUUUAUGAAAUGGGAUGAUGACAGUACUACAGGAACCCCUGUGACACUGCAUGUCGACCCUCAGGGUUUUUUCUUGUAUUGGACGGAUCAGAACAAGGAGACCGACGUGUUGGAGAUUUCUUCCAUCAAGGAUACAAGAAAUGGGAGAUAUGCCAAAACACCAAAGGAAGUCAAGCUACGAGAACUUUUAGAUGUGGGGAACCUGGAUGGAAAGUUAGAGAACAGAAUGCUGACAGUGGUUUUUGGUACUGACAUGGUUAACAUCACCUUCCUGAACUUUAUGGCCUUUAGUGAAGAAGUAGCAAAGGAGUGGACCGAGGAGCUUUUUAGUUUAGCUUCAAACCUGCUCGCUCAGAACAUGUCCAGAGAAUCCUGUCUGGAGAAAGUGUACACGAGAUUGAUGUUGCAGCUCACGCCCGAAGGCGGCGUUCCUGUGAGAAAUAUCUUCCGCACGUUCUGUGCAGACAGAAAGCGAGUUGAAGGUGCUCUGGAAAUCUGCAGCCUGCCGACAGGAAGAAAUGACUCGGUUUCUCAAGAUCAGUUUACACCUGACAUAUUUCGACAUCUUCUCAACAGUAUAUGUCCACGAAACGACAUUGACACAAUCUUCUCAGAAAUUGGUGCCAAAAGCCGGCCGUAUCUCACAGUUGAGCAGUUGAGAGAUUUCCUCAACAACAAACAGAGGGACCCUCGACUAAAUGAGAUCCUGUAUCCGCCCCUCAAAGCCGAGCAAGUGCAGGCAUUGGUGGAGAAAUAUGAGCCUGACAGCAUGCUUUCACAAAGAGGACAGAUCUCUGUUGAGGGAUUCGCCAGAUAUCUGAGCGGAGAGGAGAACAGCAUCAUACCUCCAGAGAAACUGGACCAGAGUGAAGACAUGACCCUCCCGCUCUCGCAUUACUUCAUUAACUCCUCGCACAACACCUACCUCACAGCGGGUCAGUUGGCUGGAAACUCAUCGGUGGAGAUGUACCGUCAGGUCCUGUUGUCUGGCUGUCGAUGUAUUGAGCUGGACUGUUGGAAGGGCCGGACGGCCGAUGAAGAACCCAUCAUCACACAUGGCUUUACAAUGACAUCUGAGAUCCCCUUCAAGGAUGUGAUAGAAGCCAUCGCGGAGAGUGCCUUUAAAACCUCACCGUUUCCCAUCAUUCUGUCUUUUGAGAAUCAUGUGGAUUCUCUCAAACAGCAGGCAAAAAUGGCUGAGUAUUGCAGAUCAAUAUUUGGUGAUGCUCUGUUCACAGAAGUGCUUGAGAAAUAUGCUAUGGAGGCCGGCGUUCCACUGCCCAGCCCCGCUCACCUGAUGGGUAAAAUCCUUAUCAAGAACAAAAAGAAUUCACAUAAAGCCGACGGAAGCACAAAGAAGAAACUCUCCGAGCAGACGUCCAACACGUACAGCGACACAUCCAGCACAUACGAGCCCUCAUCACCCGGCGCAGGGUCCACACAUCAGGAUUCACCUGACAGCGUUCAUGCAGGCGUGAUGCACACCGAGGGAAAUGUUCAGAGAAUUCAGUCCAUGGAUAAAACAUGUGAUGAGAAAGAAGAUCCAGAUGCAGAGAGUGACGACAACGACGAAAGUAAAAAACCCAACGAUGAGGGGAUGGCUGUAAAUGAAGUCUUUGCCACAGAGGAGAUGUCCAACUUAGUCAACUACAUUCAGCCUGUCAAAUUCACCUCCUUUGAGACAUGUAAAAAAAUGAAUCGGAGUUACGAAAUGUCAUCGUUCGUGGAGACCAAAGCCCUGGAGCUGCUCAAGGAAUCGCCUGUGGAGUUUGUCGAGUAUAAUAAAGUACAGUUGAGCAGAAUUUAUCCCAAAGGAACUCGAGUGGAUUCCUCGAACUACAUGCCUCAGCUCUUCUGGAACGCUGGAUGUCAGCUGGUGGCUCUGAACUUUCAGACGAUGGAUCUGCCCAUGCAGUUGAAUCUUGGAAUAUUCGAGUACAAUGGGAAAUGUGGCUAUCGACUGAAGCCGGAAUUUAUUCGAAGGGUGGAUAAACACUUUGAUCCGUUCACACAGAGAACAGUGGAUGGGAUUGUAGCUCACACACUGUCUGUGAAGAUUAUAUCCGGUCAGUUUCUGUCUGAUAAGAGAGUUGGUAUCUAUGCAGAGGUGGAGAUGUAUGGUCUGCCAGUGGACACCAAGCGAAAAGCCUUUAAGACAAAGACAUCGCAGGGCAAUGCAGUUAACCCCGUAUGGGAUGAAGAUCCAGUAGUCUUCAAAAGAGUCAUACUUCCAACACUGGCAUCAUUACGAAUAGCCGUGUACGAAGAUAACGGAAAGUUUAUUGGCCAUCGCAUCAUUCCAGUGUGCGCCAUCCGACCUGGUUAUCACUACAUCAGCCUGAAGAAUGAGAGGAAUCAAACUCUUACAUUGUCUUCUGUCUUCAUCUACACUGAAGUCAAAGAUUAUGUCCCAGACACCUUUGCAGAUGUAAUCGAGGCCCUGUCCAAUCCCAUCCUGUAUGUCAGUCUCAUGGAACAGAGAGCCAAUCAGCUGGCAGCUCUAACACAAGAGGAGGGAGCACACGAGACAGACGGUGAAGAGGCAUACGAUACAGGAGAGAGUUUCUCAGAGAAUAAAAGUGAAUGUAAACCAGCGGCUGAAAACGGUCUGAACCACAACAACAUGUCGCCCAAAUCCUCAGCGAGCAGUCAGCAAACUCCAUCAGCAGGCUCUGUUAAACCAGCUGUGAAGUCUGAGGAUAUUGUGCAAAGUGUUUUAACAGAGGUGGACACUUUGACUCUUGAGCAGUUGAAACAGCAGAAGUGUUACAUGAAAGAGCAGAAGAAACUUUAUAAAGAUUUAAAGGAUCUGAUGAAGAAACACAGCAGAAGAACUGCCGAACUGAUGAAAGAACACGAGAGCAGACAGAAGCAGCUGCACAAUGAAUUUCUGCGACGCACAUCAGCACUUCAGAAAAGCACCAGACGAGCUGGUAAGAACAGGUCUCUGGAGCAGCAGUUAUUAACUCUUGAUGAAGAGAAAACUCACAGACUGACAGAACUGAAGGCCAUGCAGCAGCAGGAGCUUCUGACGCUCAGACAAGAACAAUAUUACAGCGAGAAAUAUCUGAAACGAGAACACAUCCGACUGCUGGUGGAGAAACUAAUGGCCUUUGCAGAUGAGAGUCACAACAACCAGCUGAAGAAAGUGAAAGAUCUGUGUGAAAAAGAAAAUAAAGAGCUGAAGAAAAAGAUGAACGACAGACGACAAGACAUGCUUCAUGAGAAAUCUCUCACCGCUGAAGAAAAGGUGGAGAUGAGAAGAUCUCAUGUGAAUGAGGUGGUACAGUCUAUCAGACGGCUGGAAGACGCACAAACUAAAAGACAAGAGCAACUUCAAGAGAGACAUAAAGAUAUUCGACAGCAAAUCCUGGAUGAGAAGCCGAAGCAGGAAGACUCACAGGAGUUUGAUGGUAAGUGUGAUUCCACUCAACACAAACAUUCAGGAUAACCGCUGUGUCAUGUGCAUCAAACCGUGACCGUCCUGUAAAUCAUGCACCGCAACUUUGAAAUUAUAGAACCCAUGUACAACUUCUUUCAUGUGCAUCUUUUACAAUGCAGUGAAUGCAGUGGUGUAGUCUGUGUGAUACGCAGGUGUACGCUGUUAUACCCAAUAGAAAAAAUCAAGGAUUUCUGUAUACCCACUUAAAAAAGCGUGGGGAUACGUAACAACGUACUGACUUUUGGACCAUUGGUGCAACCGACCGGGAGAUAUGAAACAAAAGGAGAUCAUGAAAGGCAAAGGCAAAACUAGGCUAAAAAUCUAGUUCUUAGUGACGAGCAUCAGAGUUUGAUUUUGAACUAUUUAUUUCAAUAUGAUUUACUGUAAAUCUUUGACAUGGCCUUAGUCAGUCAAAACUAAAUCAAAAUCUAAAGAUUAUACUUUCACAGGAUAUUCUUUACAUUAUGUUGGUUGCCCUGCUGAAAAAAUAACAGAACCCUGCCCAAAACACAAGAGAUGCAGAUGGGAAUCAAUAGACCCAUUAAUGCCAAAGACAUUUUUAAACUUAUAAUAGUAUUUUUAUGGAAACCACUAGAAUUUAUGUAAUAGUAUUUUUAGCAGGGUGGGUUUAUGUAGAAAUAGUACAUCACAAAUAAAUGACUUUAUAGCUGGGUUUACACAUGGAUCACAAAUGUGCAUUAAAAAUUGCCAGCUGAUCAAACCUGUGCUUUAGGGAUUGUAUACAUACAGUAUACCAUCUAAGGCUAAUAAAGACUCUUAACUGACUGAUUUAGACAGUGAUUAACAAAACCAGCAAGUCACAGCUGUCAUUGGUUAUUGAAAUCUUGCUUUUCGAAACGCUCUUGAUGACAUAUAGAGGCAUACUCUAUGCAUUCGUGAGUGUGGUGGUGCUCGAGGGUUGUCGAUCUGGGACGGAUGAGUAGGCUGGGGGAUCAUAGUAUACUCACUACUAAAAACUAGAUUACACCACUGAGUGAAUGUGAAGUUAGUGAGAUUUCAGGACAGUUGCUGUCUCAUACAGCUGUGACGCUUGCUUUCCAUCAUCUGCAGACACAUGUGCAUGUGCUUUAUCAUUCUAAAUAAGAACAAGAAUAAAAAUGUCACAUCAUAACAAGAGAAAUGUUAAGAGCAGCAUACAGACAGACAGAGAAUAUCUGCGCUCUGAAGAGUUUGUAUAGCAUUAUAACAACGGAUCCUUCCAGGGGUGUUUUAUUUUGCUUCUGGUGUCUCAGUUUGUUCUUGCUCUGCAGAUUUUUGUACUCUAACAGCACAUGUUCAGUCAUUUACUCACACCUACAGUUCAGUAACACUAGAGGGCGUGAGAACACAGAAAGUCAUGUGCUUUAUAUUUCAUUGUCUUGUUUGUUUGUUUUGUCAGAAAAGAAUGAUUAAUACCCUUACUAAUAUAAGCAUUUGUUGACAAGUUGUUUCACUUGUUUUAUUCAUAACCUAUUGGUGAAAUGUUUUGAUUAAUACUUAAUACUACAAUAAAUGUUUUAUAAAUGCUGAUAUGAACAUAAUUCAGUCAUAAGUGAUUUCUUGCACAAUAGGAUAUAGGAAUAACCUGAAUUUUAAGAAUGUUUUUAUUCUUCUACUAUUGUUUUGUUUUGGUUAAUUUACAGUAAGUGUUUUUACAGAAACUAAUGACCAUGAAACACAUCUGAGCUUCACAGUCACAUCAUGAGUUUAUUUGUUCAGACCUCUUGUGGCGUCAGCAUCAUUUUUUUAUGUUCGGAUCAGGCAGUAAUGGUCAGCUAUGAGUAUCUGUGGACAAAAGAGAUCAUGUCUGGUUUAGCUGCUGUUCUGGAAGGUGUUGGUGGUCUGUGUACUUGUUUCUGUGUGUGUGUGUGUCUGUGUGUGUUCAUGUUUGUAUAUCCCGGUGGGGACCUAAACCUGAAUACACACCAACACAUGGGGACUCGUGUCACCGUGGGGACCAAAAUUGAGGUCCGCAGGGGCAAAAAAGCUAAUAAAUUGUACAGAACAAUAUUUUUUACAAAUCUAAAAAUGCAAAAAGUGUUCUAUGAUCUUUAGGUUUAGGGAUAGGGUUAGGGAUAGGGGAUAGAAUAUACAGUUUGUACAGUAUAAAAACAUUACGCCUAUGGACUGUCCCCACGGGGAUAGUCAACCAAAGCCUGUGUGUGUGUGUGUGUGUGUGUGUGUGUGUGUGUGUGUGUGCGUGUGUGUGCGCGCGUGUGUGUGCGCGUGUGUGUGUGUGUGUGUGUGUGCGCGCGCGUGCGUGCGUGCACGUGCGUGUGUGUGUGUGUUUGACAGUAAAGCAUUGUUUAGAAGUUGACAUCUGAAGUCGACAUGUCUCACACACACAUGCAGGAUUUAUUCCAGGUCAUCAGUGAUUUCUGAUUUCUUCAUAUUCACACAUAUGUUAAAGGGAUAGUUCUCCCAAAAAUGAAAAUU